CAGAGGAGAGCAGGAGGUCGGGACCCCCAGCGAUCACGGCCCAAGUCCGGGACGUCGGCACCGCCGCGGGCCCCGCCCGGAGGCGGCAGGCGGGCGCUGGGGGCGGCGGUGGGGUCGGGUUUCUUCCCUUUAAAAGGGCGCGGGAGGCGGAGCCCGCGCUGCUGGUCCUGAGCGCGGCCCGGGACCCAUCUCGAGCGCAGGCGAGUGGGGUCGGCGGGCGGUUGGGGCGCAACCCAGGGAGCGAGGACAACGAAGCCGAGCGCGCACAACCGGGCACCUACGGCCGACCCGGACUCGGAUAGCAGGUGGCCCUGUGCAGAUCGUUCUGCGAGCCUCGCACGCUGUCCCUGCAUUGCCUCUUGAAGCCAGGGGCAGAUUGCACCCCUGCCCAUCCCAGUGACCUUCGCCUGUCUGAUCCCUGGUUAAUUUUUGCCCAGCCCAGCGGCUGUGAGGCUCCGUCCCCCUCCAGGAUAUAAGCCUGCUCCUCAGCUGCUUCUUCCUCUGUGGAGCUGAGCUCUCUGCUCACCUGCACCAUGUCCAAGGGCUUCUACAUUUCUAAACCCUUGGGCAUCCUGGGCAUCCUCCUGGGUGUGGCAGCCAUCUGCACCAUCGUCGCCCUGUCUGUGGUGUAUGCCCAAGAGAAGAACCGGAACACUGAGAACUCUGCCCCAGAUCCCACCUUGCCCUCCACCACCUCCACAGCCACCACUGUGGACCAAAGCAAGCCAUGGAACCAGUACCGCCUACCCAGCUCUCUGGUACCCGACUCGUACCAGGUGAUGCUGAGGCCCUACUUCAGCCCCAAUGAACAUGGUCUGUACGUCUUCUGGGGCAAGAGCACCGUCCGCUUCACCUGCAAGGAGGCUACCAAUGUCAUCAUCAUCCACAGCAAAAAACUCAACUACACAAACCAGCAAUCCACUGGGCACCGGGUGGCCCUGCGAGGCGUGGCCGGCUCCCAGCCUCCAGCCAUCGAAAGGACUGAGCUGGUGGAGCGCACCGAGUACCUGGUGGUGCACUUGCAGGGCUCCCUGGUGGUCAAUAGCCAGUACGAGAUGGACAGCGAGUUCCAGGGGGAGCUGGCCGAUGAUCUGGCGGGUUUCUACCGCAGCGAGUACAGGGAUAACGGCGUGCUGAAAGUGGUGGCUACAACACAGAUGCAGGCUGCAGAUGCCCGGAAGUCCUUCCCCUGCUUUGAUGAGCCAGGUAUGAAGGCCACAUUCAACAUCACCCUCAUCCACCCGAGAGACCGCAUAGCCCUGUCUAACAUGCUUCCCAAAGGCCCCAGUGUCCCAUAUACGGGAGACCCCACCUGGAACGUCACUGAGUUCAAUACCACACCCAAGAUGUCCACGUACCUGCUGGCCUACAUUGUCAGCGAGUUCAGCUACGUGGAAUCACUGUCCCCUGAUAGUGUCAAGAUCCGAAUCUGGGCCCGGCCUAGCGCCAUCGCCGAGGGCCAUGGUGAUUAUGCACUCAAUGUAACAGGCCCCAUCCUAAGCUUUUUUGCCAAGCAUUAUGACACACCCUACCCACUGGAGAAAUCUGACCAGAUUGGGCUGCCUGAUUUCAAUGCUGGUGCCAUGGAGAACUGGGGGCUGGUGACCUACAGGGAGAACUCACUGCUUUUCGAUCCACAAUCUUCCUCCAUCAGCAACAAGGAGCGGGUGGUCACUGUAGUCGCUCAUGAGCUGGCCCAUCAGUGGUUCGGGAACCUGGUCACAGUGAACUGGUGGAAUGACCUGUGGCUGAACGAGGGCUUCGCCUCCUACGUGGAGUAUCUGGGUGCUGACUAUGCUGAGCCCACCUGGAAUCUGAAGGACCUCAUUGUGACGAAUGAGGUAUACCGUGUAAUGGCUGUGGAUGCGCUGGCCUCCUCCCACCCCCUGUCCAGCCCUGCUGAGGAGAUCAACACUCCCGCCCAGAUCAGUGAGGUCUUUGACACCAUCUCCUAUAGCAAGGGUGCCUCAGUCCUCAGGAUGCUCUCCAGCUUUCUGACAGAGGACCUGUUCAAGAAGGGCCUGGCGUCUUAUCUCCACGCCUUUGAGUACCAGAACACUGUCUACCAGGACCUGUGGUAUCAUCUUCAGGAGGCUGUGAACCAGCAGUCAGCAGUCACGCUCCCGGCCUCAGUGAGCACCAUUAUGGACCGCUGGAUCCUGCAAAUGGGCUUUCCCGUCAUCACUGUGAACACCGGGACAGGAGCAAUCUCCCAGGAGCACUUCCUUCUUGACCCCCAGGCCAAUGUCACCCGCCCUUCGGACUACAAUUACCUGUGGAUUGUGCCCAUCUCGUCCAUCAGAAGUGGCACACAGCAGAGCAACUACUGGCUGAACGGCGUCCGGAACACCCAGGACCAGCUGUUCAGGGCGACAGGGACCAAUGAGUGGAUCUUGCUGAAUGUCAAUGUGACAGGCUACUACCAGGUGAACUACGAUGAGGACAACUGGAAGAAGAUCCAGAAUCAGCUGCAGUCAGACCACACGGUGAUUCCUGUCAUCAAUCGGGCACAGGUCAUCCACGAUGCCUUCGACCUGGCCAAUGCCCAAAAGGUCCCUGUCACGCUGGCUCUGGACAACACCCUAUUCUUGAUCCGAGAGACAGAGUACCUGCCCUGGGAGACAGCGCUGAGCAGCCUCAACUACUUCAAGCUCAUGUUUGACCGCUCUGAGGUCUAUGGCCCCAUGAAGAACUACCUGAAGAAGCAGGUUGAGCCCCUCUUCUCUCACUUCAAAGCCCUUACCAACGAGUGGAAGGACCGGCCCCCAACGCUGAUGGAGCAGUACAACGAGGUCAACGCCAUCAGCACUGCCUGCUCCAACGGGGUCCAGGAGUGUAAGCAGCUGGUCACAAAGCUUUUCCAGGAGUGGAUGGCAAACCCCCAAAACAACACGAUUCACCCCAACCUGCGCUCCACUGUGUACUGCAACGCCAUCGCCCAAGGCGGCGAGGCUGAGUGGAACUUCGCCUGGAAUCAGUUCCUCAGCGCCACCCUGGUCAACGAGGCCGACAAGCUGCGGUCGGCCCUGGCCUGCAGCAACCAGGUGUGGAUCUUGAACAGGUAUCUGAGCUACACCUUGAACUCCACACUCAUCCGGAGGCAGGAUGCUACCUCCACCAUCAUCAGCAUUGCCAACAACGUGGUGGGCCAGCCCCUGGUCUGGGACUUCGUGCGCAGUAACUGGAGGAAGCUGUUUCAGGAUUUUGGUGGUGGCUCCUUCUCCUUCGCCAACCUCAUCCAGGGAGUGACCCGGCGGUUCUCCUCUGAGCACGAGCUGCAGCAGCUGGAGGAGUUCAAGGAGGACAACAAAGAUAUAGGCUUUGGCUCGGGCACCCGGGCUCUGGAGCAGGCCCUGGAGAAGACACGAGCCAACAUAAACUGGGUGAAGGAGAACCAGGAGGCCGUGCUGCAGUGGUUCAUCACCAACAGCCAAUAGUUCCCGGCCCAGUGGGGAGGCCGAGGGCUCUAUGGCCCAGCUAUUCUUGGAGGAUAAUAUCCAACCCUCAAAGGCAAAGUCUCCAGGCUGCGGCCACCAGCCCCUGCCCCUCAUGCCAACACUGCCCCAGGCCCAGCCUGGCACCUCUCACAGGGCCCUAGGACUGAUCUCAGGGAAGCCCAGCUCCACAGCCAGCUGGGCAGAAGUCCUCGAUGGACAGUGGACUGCCUAGAGUGGCCACCCUGACUCCCUCUCACCUUGCAUAAAAACUCAAACCUGAGCAAUUAACAAAGAACCAGAUCUGUAAAAAAAUUUUUUUCUAAGAAAAAUUGUAAAUAAAUGUUUCUAGAUGAG